AUGGGAUGCGAUGAAAAGCAUCCUGUUUUACUAGGAUAUUUAUUGUAUAAGCGGGUAAAUGGAAUCAUGGAAUGGACACUUGGUUUCGAGGCUGCAUCUGGUGAAAGCUACAAAAUGUGGGCAAAUAGACCAAUCAGAAUGCAAGUGGAAUUAAAUUUGGCAAAUGCGUAUUUCAAGGUAAGGGGUAAGAAGGUUUUCAAAAACGGCGUAUUGACACAAAGUCAAAAGAUCAACCAAAGGGGUAUAUUCCUUGCCUAA